GGAAAAUAUAUAUAUUAGCCCAUGGAAACAAGUGAAGUAGUUGUAUUAGUCAAUGGAAAAUGAAUGAUAGUUUUCCAAAAUGACAGAUAUAAGUCCAAAAACUUGUUAAUGGUCCAUUUUAGUCUGAUUUUCACAAAAUGGCUAAGAAGAGGAAUUGGUUGAGUUUCAUCAAAAAGCUUUUAUUACUACAAACAAAUGAGCAGCAUCAUCAAACCCAAAAGAUAAAUAGAAGAAGAUGGAUGAUGGGAAAGAUCUUAAAAAAGAAAAAAACACUUCCAUCACUAUCACUAUCAUCUCCAGAAAUUAUACAAAAACAGAGUAAGUUUGAAGAUGAUCAGAGCAGAUCAUUUGAAGAUGAUGAUGAAUCUUCAAAACAUAUUAUGUUGAAAUGUGAAGUGCAGUUGCCAGAGAUCAUUACAAAUAAAUCUAUAAUCUCUUCCAUCCAAUUUCAACAUCAAAAUCAUGUGAAUAUUGUAGCCGCAAUCAAGAUUCAAACUGUUUAUCGUGGUUAUCUUGCAAGGAAAGCAUUGAGAGCACUGAAAGGAUUUGUAAGGCUUCAAGCAAUAAUAAGAGGAAGAGCAGUAAGAAGGCAGGCAAUGACGACACUGAAAUGUUUACAGUCAAUUGCUAAGAUACAAUCACAGGUUUGUGCUCAAAGAUGUCAAUUCAUAAGACCCAAGUCACCCAAUCAUGAUGACCUGCAGGAUCCUAAAAUUCACCAUCCUAAGACACAAUCAUCUAGGCAACGAAGGAAGGAUUGUGAACUUCUGACAAAAGAAGAGCAAAUUGACAUCAUUUUGAAAAAGAAAGAAGCCAUCCUCAGAAGCAAAAGAAUCAAAGCAUAUUCAUUUAAUCAUAGGCAUUCUGCAGAUUCAGAAGAUUGCAUAACACAGGGCAGACUAAGGCACUGGCUAGAGCAGUAUGUGAGUGAUGAACAACCAAAAAAAGACGACAACUUCGGAGGAAAACCGAAUCGAUUAAGGCACAUUGAUGGCCUAAACAUCUUCGAGGUAACGACUGUACCUCGAAGAUCAUAUCAAACACACAAGAAGCAAAAUUCGUGUGGCGAAGAGGGUUUAAACCCGAUUUCACCCUUGAAUCUUCCAGCUUAUAUGGCUGCAACCGAAUCAGCUAAAGCGAAAGCGAGACCAUCAAACUCACCAAGGUUAAGAUCUCUUCAUAUUGAAGCUUAUUCGGAUAAUGAUUCACCUUACAAAAACAAGCUAUUUUCACCCAUGUCUUCUAUAAAUAGUGAGGCAGCUUGUAGUGGUAUUAGUAAGGUUAGUAUUAAGUCUAGUUUUACUUCUUCUCAACAGAAAUCGCCAAGCUUUAAAAAAAUAUCAGGUCCUAUCAGAUCACACAAGAACGUCUAAUUAAUUAUAUAUGUUUGUCUACAUUUUUACAUUGAUUGUAACCUUAGCUUGUAGGUGGUGAUUAACAUAUCAAUUUAAUAUGUUUUAUAUUUUGUUUU